CACUCGCCAUCAAGAGAUUACAUUCUUGAACGCUUGAACCUAGCUAGCUUCAACAAUGGCGGAAACUUCAAUAAGAGAAAUAAUUCCUCAUUUAGCUCUUCUACCAACUCCCGGUAUGGGUCACUUAAUCCCUCUCCUCCAAUUCGCCAAUAAACUCACCAACGACCAUCGCUUCUCCGUCACUCUCAUCCUCCCUACUGACGAUGGAGUACCCAUUUCCGAAUCUCAAAACCAAUUCCUCAAAACCUUCUCUUCUUCCGGUACACUAAAUUACCUCAUUCUCCCUCCCGUCAACUUCGACGAUUUACCUAAAAAUGUUAAAAUCGAAACCCGAAUAUCCCUUACGAUCACCCGUUCUCUCCCUUAUUUUCGCCAAGUUUUUAAAAAAUUAAUUGAAACAUCGAAAGUUGUUGCUUUAAUUGUUGAUCUUUUUGGUACCGAUGCAUUUGAAGUGGCUAAUGAAUUUAAUAUCCCGUUUUAUAUUUUUUAUCCAACUACUACUAUGUGUUUAUCUUUUUGCCUUUAUUUGCCUAUACUUGAUGCUGCUACUUCUGGGUCUUGUGAGUAUAGGGAUUUGAAGGAACGGGUUCGGAUUCCGGGUUGUAAUUCUAUUGAACCGGAGGAACUUUUGGAUCCGGUUCAGGAGAGGGGAAAUGAUGCUUAUAGAUGGGUUCUUCAUCAUUGUAAGAGGUAUAAAAUGGCGGAAGGAAUAAUAGUCAAUAGUUUUGAGGAUUUGGAACCAGGAGCCAUUAAAGCUUUGCAUGAGGAAGAACCAGGUAAGCCUCCGAUUUACGCAGUUGGACCGCUUAUACAUACGGAUGAGAGCAGUAUUGCUGAGGGAAUGGAGUGUUUGACAUGGCUAGAUGAGCAACCAUGUAACUCAGUCUUGUACAUUUCCUUUGGUAGUGGUGGAACACUCUCACAUGAACAACUAAUUGAACUUGCAAUGGGAUUAGAAAUGAGUAAGCAAAGAUUUUUAUGGGUUAUUAGAUGUCCAAAUGACACAAUUUCUAAUGCAACUUACUUCAAUCUCCACAUUCCAAGUAAUAAUAAUAAUAACCCUCUUGAUUUUUUGCCACAAGGGUUUUUAGAAAGGACAAAAGAGCAAGGUUUGAUGGUACCUAAUUGGGCCCCACAAAUACGAAUACUUAGUCAUGGGUCGACAGGUGGAUUCUUGACUCACUGUGGAUGGAACUCGGCUCUAGAGAGUGUGGUACAUGGGGUCCCGCUUAUUGCUUGGCCAUUAUACGCGGAACAAAGAAUGAACGCGGUAAUGUUAACCGAUGAUCUUAAAGUUGCGUUGAGGCCGAAAUUUAGUGAGAGUGGCUUGGUGAUGAGAAAGGAAAUUGCUGAAAUUGUGAAAGGAUUGAUGGAAGGUGAAGAUACAAAAGGGGUACACAGCAGAAUGAGAGAUUUAAAAGAUGCAGCAGCCAAAGUAGUUGGUGAAGAUGGCUCUUCCUCAAAGGCACUGGCUGAAUUGGCUUCCAAAAUGAGCAAAGUCUUAUGAAAUUAAUUACCUCUCCUGAUUUCCUUUUAUUUUAUGUUAACAAUUUUGUAUGGUUGUUCGUUACUUAUCAUUUCGUAGAAUAUCGUACAAUAUUAUAUUAUGUUGUAUUAUAUUAUUUUGAUGAAUAUCAUAUUUGUGUUGGAAA